UGGGCCGCUCCUCCACCUAUCGCGCUCGUGCAGGUGUUCGAAUCUUGGCAUGUUUGCGACCAUCGGGGGAGAAAUCAAACCUUGCCGCAGGGAGAAGCCGUGUUUUUGUUCCGAUCUGAACUUUGUGGCUGUCGUCGAUGGCUGACAAACUGGAACCAGCGAAAGAAGAACCGGCCAAGGUGGAGCAGGUGAAACAGGAGGCGAUGGAUACAGAAACCGACAGGCAGUUUCCCAAGAAGUUCUUUUUGUUCAUGUUCGUGCUCUUCCGGUGCGGAGGAACGUUUUUCGUGAUGACUUCGUUCGUCCCUGACGAGUACUGGCAGUCCCUGGAAGUGGCCCACAAGUUUGUUUUCGGAUAUGGCUAUCAGACGUGGGAGUGGAAGUAUGCCAUUCGAAGCUCUGUAUACCCCAUGUUCAUCUCGGCUCAGUAUUACCUGCUCAAAAUGUUCAAGAUCGACACCGUGUUCACUGUGACCAUGGUGCCGCGCCUCGUUCAGGCUCUCAUGUCGGCUGUAGGGGACUACUGGACUGUGGAGUUGGGUCGCCGCCUCUUUGGCUAUGAGGGCGCCUGCUGGACAUCUUUGUCCGUACUGUUUUCAUGGUUCCUGCACUACACUGCCUCCCGAACCUUGACCAAUGUUGCUGAGCAGGUUUUCACAGCUGGGGCCCUUUCCAUGUACCCGUGGGGCGGCCAGAAGCAGCCAAGCACCUCAUGGGGCUACUUGUGGCUGGUCGGCUUGUCGUGCAUGAUUCGUCCCACGGCCCUGGUCCUCUGGCUUCCCCUCAUCGCUCUGCACUUAGCCAGGGCAUCACACUCCAGGAUGUUCCUACUCAAGAGGCUGGCCUUCACAAGCUUGUUGUGCUUCGGGGCUCUGAUGCUGUGCGACCGGUGGUUCUACCGGCGGUGGGUGUGCACGCCGUGGAACUUCGUGCGGCUCAACCUUGUGGCCGACGUUGGCGCCCACUACGGCAAGCACCCUUGGCACUGGUACUUCACGAUGGGGCUGCCUGCUGUGCUGGGGCUGCAGCUGCUGCCUUUUGUGUUGGGCAUCCGGGUGGGCCGCUGCCGCCUCCUGGCCGCAAUCGUCAUCUGGCACAUGCUGGUGCUCAGCCUCGUGAGCCACAAGGAGUUCCGCUUCCUGCUCCCCGUCUUCCCGCUGGCCAUGUGCGUGUGCGGGGCGGGCAUGGCGCGCCUGCCUCGCUCGUGGGGCAUCACGCUGGCCGCCCUGCUGGGUGUGGCCUUCUUCCCUCCCGCCCUGUACUUUGGCAUAUUCCACCAGAAGGGCACGCUGGAGGCCAUGGACUAUUUGAACAAGGAGCUGGACAAGAACCCCGGUGCCAGCAGCGUGGCAUUCCUCAUGCCCUGCCACUCGACACCUUUCUACAGUCACAUCCAUCGCCGCAACGUCAAGAUGAAGUUCCUGACGUGCGAGCCCAACAUCAAGAAAAAGAAGGACCAUGUGGACGAGUCUCGCGAUUUCUUCCUGGACCCAACCAAUGGCCUGAAGAUGUUUGGGUUUGGAGGCAUGACGGACUACAUCGUUAUCUACAACAGCCUGUACAAGCACAUGAUCGACUUUGUGGUAGACUACGACUUGAAGUUCAUCAAGGGCUUUCUGCACACCCACUUCCCGACAGCUUAUGUGGGCAAAGAAGUGUGGAUCUACAAAACUCACUAGCAGCAGCUCUUCUCGAACAUGUGACUUGUGAACUAGUCAUGUCCAUUUUUGUCAUGUGGGGGGGUUAAUGUGUGUGUAUGUGUGUUCAUGAGUUGAGUGGCUGUGGGAAAGAGGGGGGGGGGGGGGGGGCAGAGGUGAAAUAAAAACAUUGAGGUGCCUGAUCUUAUUUCCAUUUCUCUGCUGGUACUAUGCAUGUUGGUUCUGAAUGUAUGCUGUGGCAGUUGCACGUUUCAUGGUGACCAUAUGUGUUCAAGAUGCUUGUUUGAGGCAUCGUCAUAUGUUCUAGUGUGGAUGAAUGUGAAAUGGAAUAUUCUUGGACAACAUAGUUUAAGUUUCUGCAGUAGCUGUUUGAAGUGUAGUCCACAAAAUUUCUCACAACAUGGGUUCUAUGUCAAAUGUGAAUUUCUGCUAUGUUGAGGCAUGGAGCUUCUGAUUUUACCACUGUGUAGGGACCAACAACUACUGCAGAGUGAAACUUUUUAUUUGAGGCUAUGUGCUCAGGUUUUGUAGGAAUACAGCUUUUUCUCACAUCUCGUGUUCCAUAGACUUUUGUUGCUGAAUGUAGUUACAUGCUUUAUUUUCAUUCUCUAAUUGUGCCUUGUGGUUAACCGUGUAAAUACUAAACCUGACAGCGUACGUGAAGCAGAAGUGUCGCGACUUUUGGAGCGGAAGCGCUUUCAGUGUGUACUGGGAAUACCACGAUCACCGACUUCGGAGCAGCAUUCUGUUCAUGAUCACUUUGUCACUUGAGUAGUCAUAAGUCUACAGUGCAUGUAGCCUAUUUAGAUUAAUAUAAAUAGAAUAAUAUUGGUUUGGGUGGUAUAGAGUCCUUCAGACUGCUGAAUUCAGCUUGCACAUGCGAAUCAUCUUGUGAAUCUUGGACUGCCACAUAUGGAGACUUCUCCGUACUAGUUGACUUUUUCAUGUUUGCCAGUCAAUUAUGUUUCUUGCUCAUCUAAUGUUGCACUUCAUCUUGGGACAACUUCCAGUCAAGGAUGCAUGGCUGAUGUCAUGACCUAAGGUACACAUUUUGGACAUCAUGUGCUCUGUUUAACUUGGCACACUGCAAUGCAAGUUAUACGAUGGACAUAACGAUCAGCAUCAGCUUCUACUUUUUUUCUGCUUCUGAAGCCAAGCAAGCACAUUAUUAUUAUUAUUAUUAUUAUUAUUAUUAUUAUUAUUAUUAUUAUUGUUGUUGUUGUUGUUGUUGUUGUUAUUAUUAUUCAACGUGACAGCACAGAUGUCACAACGAACAGAGAGGGAAAAUAAGAGUGAGCAGGCUGGUAACUGUCACAAUACAAUGCAAUAAAAUACAGUAGUGAUUCAGGCAUGUUAUAAGGUGAUUAUGUUGAGAAGCAAGUCUAGCCCUGCACAUGCAUACUGUGAUCAUCGAAGCCAAAAACACCCACUAGCGAGUGAAGCAGUUGUUCUACUUUGCUUUCAUGUUCAAAUCCUCCUGAACGUAGUAAUAAAUUUUGUGUCUGUCCCAUUUUGACAUUAAA